GGAUCAUUUGGCGAGCAGUUAUGCUCUAUGAUAAUGUGGUCAUAUCGCACCUGAACUCUGGACUAUGGGGGAGUCACUUGAUGGGGAAGUACUAAUUAUUGGAGAUGAUACGAACAUAAUUCGAUUCAAAAGGAAGAUUAAGAACAGAAACAUGUCUUUCUUUGACAGCAUCAGCUCCAGUUUUGGAAGAAUUGCCAGACGCUUAAGUGGAGAUCCGGUUUCGGAUUCCGAAAGAAUUCGGAUACUGCCAACUUCCGCCGCCAGGAGUUCCUCGUUCACUUCCGCUGUCAAUGAUUCGCUGUCCAGGAGGCCGCAUGAAGAUCAAUCAAGUUUCGGCCGAGCGGGAUCCUCAAGCCAAACUGAAGGUGCUCGGCGAAAAAGAUUCCUCUCGCAGACAGAAAACGAUGACCAUAGGUCAGAGGACCGAGCGUUUUACAACAUGGGUUUCUCGCUGUCACCUUCUGACCUUGAACGCAGCUGGAAGCAGUGGCGAUCCGGCAUGAAUGGAUCCAACAACAACAAACUCAGGCGAUCCAAAAGUGACUGUCGAAUUUCAAUUCACAGAUAUCCAAUCGAUAAUUCAUACAUUGAUAAGAAGUAUGGCAUAAUGCCAACGGAAUCAUCUUCGCACAAAGCAAUCACAUAUCUGAAGUCACAUUGUGCUUGUAAUCUGGCAUGGGUUGUUUCAUUUUUUACAUCAUUGUUUCCUGUAUUGUCCUGGUUGCCAAAGUACAGAUUGGAGUACUUACUGCCUGAUAUUAUUGCAGGCUUCACCAUUGCUAUCUUGCAUAUACCCCAAGGUAUGGCAUAUGGUGUGUUAGCUUCACUUAAAGCUGAAAAUGGAUUGUAUGUUUCAUUUUUCCCUGUUCUUAUUUAUUUUCUUCUUGGAACAUCCAGGCACAUAUCUAUUGGUACUUUUGCAGUUAUGAGCUUGAUGAUGAGUAGUGCAGUGCAUAAUGCAAACUUUAUAGCUGAUAACAUGAAUGCCACUCAUCUGAAUGCAACAACUACUCCAGAGUUCAAUAACUUGAGGCCUCCUACUCCAUUAGAAAUUGGUACAGCACUUGCAAUGGGUGUAGGAUUCUGGCAGCUUUUUAUGGGAGUGUUUCGUUUGGGUUCCUUGACUGUUGUGCUGUCUGAUUUACUAGUUUCUGGUUUCACUACUGGAGCUGCAUUUCAUGUUGCUACUACUCAACUGAAAGAUUUACUUGGUGUGCACAUUGGAAGUUACACUGGAGCCUUAAAGCUUGUAUAUAUGCUGAGAGAUAUAUUUAAACAGUUGCCACAUUCUAAUGCUGCUUCUCUGAUUAUUUCAUUUAUUGCUUUAUUUGUUUUAAUUUUAUUCAAAGAACAAAUUGAUGGAAGGCUCAAAGGAAGACUCAAAAUGCCUAUACCUAUUGAUCUCAUUGUUGUUGUUCUUGCUACCACAGCUUCAUAUUUUGGAAAUUUUUAUGAAAAAUAUGAUGUUUCUGUUAUAAAAGAUAUUCCCAUUGGGAUACCACCUCCAACAACGCCUAGAGUUCAAAUUCUCCCGAGUUUUAUUAUGGAUAGCUUUGCUAUUGCGAUUGUGGCUUUUGUCAUAUCAUUGUCUAUGGCGAAACUGUUAGCCAAAAAACACAAAUAUUUUAUUCGUCCAAAUCAGGAACUGAUUGCUUUAGGUUGUGCAAAUGUUUUUUCAUCAUUUUUUGCUUGCUACCCUUGCUCUGCUUCAUUAUCUAGAAGUUUGGUUCAAGAACGUGCAGGUGGUAAAACACAGGUGGCUGGAGUUGUUUCUUGUGGUUUGCUUCUUGUUGUGUUGUUAGCCUUAGCUCCUAUGUUUUAUUCUCUGCCUAAAUGCAUACUCUCAUGUAUUAUACUAGUUGCAUUGAAAGGAAUGUUUCUCCAAGUCAAAGAUUUUUUCAAUGCAUGGGGCAUUUCUAAAGUAGAUGCUCUUAUUUGGCUUGUUACUUUCUUGUCAACCGUUUUGUUGGAUAUAACUUAUGGGCUUUUAGUUGGAGUUAUAUUUGCAAUUUUAUCUGUGAUACUUAGAACUGUGAUACCUUCCCGAACAAUAUUGGGUCAGAUACCUGAUACUGAUAUCUAUGUAGAUAUUAAACGAUAUGACUUGGCUCAAGAAGUUACUGGAAUAAAAAUCAUUCAUUUUGAAUCUGCUCUAUAUUUUAUCAACAAAGAACUGUUUAAAAAUUAUAUUGAGAAACAUGUUCCAUUGAAAAUAGCAACUGCUGAAGAUUCUGAAACCAAGAAUCCAAGUUCACAAAUUCAUAGGAUAAUUAUAGACUGCUCCACGUUUACAUUUGUGGAUAUUGCUGGAUUAGAAGCUCUUUUAGAGGUAAUGAAAGAAUAUAAAGAUAUAGGCAUAGUGGUAUUUUUAUCAGGAUGCUCAAUUGCAAUGCAAGGGGUAAUGGAGAAGGCAAAUUUUCAAGAAAAAGUUCCUCAUCAUCCUGCAAUAUUUCCAACCAUUCAUGAUGCAGUAGUAUAUAAUUUUCAAUCUCAGAUGCAUACAUCAAAAAGCUGAUGUAUGAAUAUAGGAGAGAGACUUUGUAUUUAUUGUUGUAUAGAUGUUAAAAUAUUUUUAUGAUGUUUUAAAUUUUAUCAACUGAAGCACAUAGAAGCAAAAGGGUGUAAGUGCCAGACUAUUUAAAGUAUGGAGAUGACUAGUAUAAAUGGUAGGAGAAAGUCAUCAGUUUUGAGGCCAGGUGUAGCCCUGGUAGGUGCUGCUAUACAGCAUAGUUUAGAAAAAGUUUCCACUGGAAACUGCUAACUAGGAUCUAAACUUUGCACAGGUUUUACUCCUAAAUUCAAAAAAUCCACUUGCAUGCCUUUGCUUCUCACUGCCUCAAUGUUAUUUAUCGGUAGAAGGAAAAAGAGCUUUGAAAGUUUUUGAUGUUAAGAUUUUAAUAAGGGUCCCAACAAAUGUUUAUAAGCAGCAUGAAUCCUAUUUGAGAGCUUUGAACUUUAUUUUUGAAUGCUAAACAUUUUUAUAUUGGAAGUUGGAAGAUUCUCGAGUCUUAACUAAAAAUAUGAAAUGAUAUGAAUCUGAAUAAAUGUUUUACUUAAUUUUUCUCACAUGCAAAAUCCUUCUACCCAACAUAAAUUUCCAUUGAACAGAAAAAGCUUAAACGCAUUAUUUAUUUUUCUAACUUUGAAAAACAUUUUACAUAUCAUGUUUCCAUUUUAUACAGCUGCAUUUUAUGUGAUUUUCAUUAAGUCAUUUUAGUGUAACUAUUCAUUAGUUUUUUUUUUUUUUUAAAUUUCACUUUCAUGUCUUGUUUGUUUUAUUUUGCUUAAUUACAUAAAAUUAAAAUUUCAUUAGAAACUUAACCCUUUCAGUAGUUGAAAUUACCAGUACUUUGUGGUAAAGUCAACAAAUUAUCGGCUUUUUCCUUAUGAAUUCAUAAGAAUCUACAAAGUCUAUUUUUGAGAAAAUGUCAAAUAAAAUGUUAAAUGAAUUUGAUUUAAUUUUUUUAAAACAUAUAAAGUGUAUUUUACUUGAAAGAUUGAUGCAAUGAAAUAUUGUGAUAAUAUAUAUAGAAAUUAUUAUCAGUGUUAUUUGCAAAGAAAUGAAUGACUUUCAAAAAUAAGAUUUUGAAAAUAAAAUUUUAAUUUUAGAUUU